ACUCUAUCUGUAUUUGUUUUUCUUUCCUUGGUGUUGAAAGUGCCUUGACUUUUGUGUGAAUUAUAAAUGUAUGUUUUUUGUUCAAUAAAUAAAUAAAUAAAAAUAAAUAAAAUAAUGAGGAGGGUGAAGUGGCGGGAGGCGACGAAGAAGGACCCGGAUGUGCAACGCGAAGACCCGAACAAACAAAUCGCUUAGUCGUCGUAUUAUGUUCGAUAUGUGAAUCAGAAUCCUAAUUUUAUGCUCGGUGCUUUCUUAUUGUUUGAUAUAAAUGUGUGAGACGAAUGAAAUAGUCAGCUAAUAGCCGCGAGUAAGCCCCAGCGAGCUAGUUUUAGCUUGUUUUUAGCUAGCUAGCUUUAGCUUGUUAGCUUCAGAAGCUAACAACAACAACAUGAGCGACGACGACAGCCCGACACCGACACCGAGCAGCAAAGACUCCGCGAUCCUGCUCACUAAAGACGGCCAGCGCUACAUCGUGGGCGACAGCCGCUCGGUCGACAGCCGAGACGUGAUCACCCUGAUCCCCAUGGACGCGGACAUGGACGACGCGGACGAGGAGAGCGACGUGCUGGACAGCUCGGACCCCCGGGACAGCGCCGCCAGCCCCGAGGAGAUGAUGGACGAGGACGGCCUGGAGGGCGACGGUCACGUCCCCAAGCAGUGCACCUACGACGGCUGCACGGAGACCACCACGCAGGUGGCCAAGCAGAGGAAGCCGUGGAUGUGCAAGAAGCACCGCAACAAGAUGUACAAAGACAAGUACAAGAAGAAGAAGAGCGACCAGGCCAUGUCCAGCAGCAAACUAGACGACAACCCAGAGGAAAGACCCGUGUCGGUCAACAAGCAGCGUCUGGGGACCGUGGGGGACCGGCCCGCCAGACCCUCCCUCAUCGAGCAGGUCCUCAACCAGAAAAGACUGUCCCUGCUGAGGAGUCCCGAGGUGAUCGGCUUCCUGCAGCGCCAGCAGCAGCUCCUGGCCGCACAGAGCCGCACCAUGGCACAGCAGCAGAACUUUCCGGGCUGCUGACAGCUCACCUGCAUGGACGCGUAAGCUUCUGACACUAAUAUUUAUCUGUAUUUAUUGACAAACAUUUGAUGUGGUUUGACAUUUCAGUUGCUAUUUAAACAUGUAAGCAGAAGUCAUCAGUAACGUUUUUCAAAGCUAAAUGUUUGAUUUGCACGAACAGAAGGAAAAUGUUCCACAUCUCCUAUUGUGUGAGUGAAAUGAAACGAUUGUGAAGUCAUUUGAGGAAACUUUAAUAGAGAAUAAACAACACAUCAUCCAAACAUUGGUCAGUAAGUUUAAAUAGAAUAAUAAUAUUAUCACAC